AUGCAGGAUGAGGCUGGGGACAGUGACACACCGCAGACCUUCCGCUGCGCCAAACAGGCCUUAAGGCAAGGUUCUGUGGAGUUGGCGGCAGCUGGUGUAUCGGUAUCAAUCUUUAAUAUCAUAUCAAAGCUGUUCAAUAUUCCCUUACUUAGUGUCACAACUUCAUUUGUUGCCGAAGAAAUUUCAAAAAAUUCAAAUAAAGCUUCUCAAGAAGGCUUUUUGGCAAAUAAAAAAACUACUCACAACAUUGUAGAAAAAUUGGAACUACCUUCUGUCUCAACGGCCUUGCUGCUAGCUGCUGUAAUUGGGGCAGUUGAAGCUUUAGCUUUGUUUAUGGGCACCGGGGCUUUUCUAAAUAUGAUGGGCAUAUCUCCGGUUUCACCUAUGCAUCGCCCAGCCCAGCAGUUUCUUUCUCUAAGAGCCUUAGGGGCUCCCGCAGUUGUUGUUUCCCUGGCUAUUCAAGGAAUCUUCCGUGGAUUCAAGGAUACGAAAACUCCUUUGUUUUGUGUCG